AUGGGCUGUGAAGCAAACGCACAUCCGCCACAUCCCCUUUCCCUUUCCCCCAUCCCCAUUCCCUUCCUCGCAUCCCUUCUUCCAUUUCCCCGCAUCCCCCUUUCCCUUUCCCCCAUCCUCCGUCCCUUCUCUGCAUCCCCCUUUCCCUUUCCCCGCAUCCCCCUUUCCCUUUCCCCCAUCCCCCGUCCCUUCCCCUCAUCCCCCUUUGCGCUUCCCCCAUCUCCCUUUCCCUUCCUCGCAUCCCUCUUUUCUUCCCCCAUCCCCCUUCCCUUCCCCACGUCCGCCUUCCCUUUCCCGACAUCCCCCUUUCCGUUCCCCAAUCCCCCUUCCCUUCACCCAUACCUCCCCCCCUUCCCCGCAUCCCUCUUCCUCUUUUUAUUACCGUAUAUGUACAGCAUCGGCAAUAGCCAUUGGCACAUCAAAGCAACGUGA